AUGCCGCCGGCCACCGAACACGACAAGUCUAGUGCUCCGAGAGUAGAUCUCCGCAGCGCAAUAGGCCUGCUACAAAGCUACCACACAGCCAUCGACGGCAAACCGGAUGCGGAAAAAUUGAGCCUUGUCGACUACCUUCGACAACGUCCAGAUAUGCUUGAUGUCAACGAACUGACUAUAGGCGACGUGGACGAGCUAACAGGUCUCUAUCGCGCAGCCACACAGGAAUACGAUGGCUCCCUGGGUCAAGCGUCCGAUGAAGCACCGCUCGGGGCAACAAACAAGGCUCCGAAGCAAACAGAUGCAGGCGGAAGACUGUCACCAGAGGCUGGACGACGGCGACCACGCAUCCAACAGGCAAGUACCGCAGGCUUUCGGGCAAGGCCGUCAUCCUCGUGGCGAGAGAAUGAAGAGAAGAUCGAGGUACCAGAUGAAUGGGCGCAGGAGUUCUCCCAAGUCGUGCAGGAGAGCGUCAUGGUUGAUCAGCUACCGGGUGGCCUCACAGACGACCCGGCAGAAGACCCCGACGCGCAAUUCUCGGUAGGAAGGAGUUCAGCGAAGCGCCCGCAGCCAGAACUCCAGCCUCAUCUGGAACAAGAUAAAUGCCCGGUCUUCAGUUGUUCAGAGCCACCUCUGGUAGGCUUUCGUCAUUGUCUGACUCAUGUCAAUUUCGCGAAAUCUCUGUUACAAGACCCGCCUGGAGGUUCAGAGUGGAUGAAACAGCUGCACUUCCUACGCGAAUGGGUCACGGGCUGCCAGAAGGACGCGAGUCACAUAUGGGCGUUGGACGUUGAGUUUGACGUGCUCAACUUCGCAACUCCCAUUGCGUUUACUAUUGCAAUCAAAGACUUCAGAACGGGACGUGAUGUUAUCAACACGCGAGUUGGACACGGAGGGCUGACCGCAGACGAAAUGAUUGAGGAAUAUCACGACAAGUGUCCCGAUGGCUUCCAGCUUCACAAGCGCACCGAGAAUGGCUUCAGAAAAGCAUUCCAGCGCUAUUAUCCCGGAGGUAUGGCCUUCGGUACCGAAUUCAGUGAGAUGCAAGAUACCAUCCUGAAAGCAGGCUUCGACCCAAGAACGCACGCCGUCAUUUCCUACAGCACAAAUCUCGACCUUCAAGUUUUCUGGAAGGUAUUAUCUGGGAUUGAUGAGCCAUUCGUAGCCCCGACGGUCAAGGAAAAUUUCCAGUUGCGAAACGGUUUAAACUACUACACAUGCCUGCAGACAGUCAACAUCCAACAUGUGGCGAAGAACAUGCUGAAGAGCGCGCCACGGGACGGCUGCAGCUUGACUGGAAUAUACAGGACAUUGUUCGGAAUCGAAGAUGUGACCGCUCACGAAGCUCCGGCAGAUACCCUAAUGUUGCUCGACAUCAUUCGCAUAAUCGCCGCGUUCGAAUCGGGUCACUAG